GCCAAUUUCCCGCGCUAGUCCAUACACCUAUUAUAGCCCUAAAUCGACCUCAUUUAUGCUCCCCAGUGUACACAAUGUCUACAAAACAAACCGCACGAGCCAUAAUUCUAUCUUGCCGUGAAGUAAAUAUUAUUUACACUAUCGACUUUGAAAACAAUUGUUACCCGCUAAAGCAAGCAACGAUACGUGCGUAGUCAUCAGAUGCGAGAGCUACAAAUCGCGGAGUGAUGAACGCUGAAUAAUUUCCAUGAUCGGAGCAUAAUACCCGAGCUGAUGUGUGCAACAGCCUAACGCGUUUACGCUCGCAUUCACGGAACAGCCCGUUUAUCACCUAAUCUCGAGCGUCCUCGUUAACGAGAUUCGAAGUAUCGGUGUCGCGAGCGAUCGACAGACAAUGCAAUUAACGUAAUGGCCCGCGGAGACGCGCGACUCGUCCGAUAUGAGUACAGACGGAAACACGUUCUCCGGGAGAAGAUGACACCACGUCGGCGCGUCUUGGCAGGAAUUCGCCGUGCUAUUUUUGCCGCUGGUGUCCUGGCGCUCAUCAUCCUGGUACUGUCGGGCCAGGAUGGCACCAACACCCUGCAGCACGGGAAUUCGCUGGAGGACGCGAACCUGACGCCGGAGGAGAAAAUAUUGGAGCAGAUUACGACGGCGGAAACCGAACAACGUCUAACGGCCAGGCGAAAAUUCCUGGCGGAAAAAUGCACCGAGGAGGGGCUCGAUCGUCCUGGCAACGACUCACUUCACAGGCCGAACGCCUGGGAAUUUCUUGUAAAUAGAGAAUACCAUCUUAUAUGGUGCAACGUUUUCAAAGCGGCGUCUACGUCGUGGAUGUAUAACUUUAAUUUACUUGCGGGAUACAGCCCGCAAUUUCUGAAAGCCUCCAAAGCAGUGCCAGUCUCGCUGGCCAGACAGAGGUAUCCCAGGCACAGCGCGGAAGAGCUAGCUAAAUAUCUAAACGACAGCAUCAGUUUUUUGAUAGUGCGGCAUCCUUUCGAAAGAUUGCUCAGCGCCUAUCGAGACAAAUUGGAGCACAGUCUGCCGCACACGUUUCACAGCAACCUCGGUGCACAUAUAGUGUGGCAUUACAGGGCAAGGGAUUCGAAGACGAAUACAAGACAAGGGCCGAGAUACCCGCUCUUCGAGGAAUUCGUGCGAUGGCUGUUAUGCCAGUGGAGGGCGGGUAACGAUCUCGACAUGCAUUGGACACCAGUUGUGAACUUCUGCACACCCUGCCAAGUACGAUUCGACGUGAUAGCUAAAUUCGAGACGCUGCAUGACGAUCAAGACUAUCUUAUAAAGCAAGCUCAUGUGGGACACAUCAUCAAACCCGAAUGGAAAAAUCCUACUAAGGGCGUCCAAACGAAAGAUGUCAUAAAAAAUUAUUUUACGCAAUUAUCCAAGACGCAGAUCGAGGAGCUCUACGAGAUGUUCAGGUACGACUUCGUACUGUUCGAUUACUCGCCAGAUGAAUAUUUAGCAUUUGGUAGAGACGAAAUCACCACAUUAACGUGCAAAAAAUGAAUCUCGGCAUUUCGAUGAGGUGAAAUAGAAGAUGAGGCAUAUACGACACACAACGAAAUCGUAGAUAGCGCUUAAAUGAAUUUGGAGAAGUAGGAAGUAUGGCCGGUAUUCAUAGUCGACUAUUAUUUCAAAAUCUACUAAUGUCUUAAGAUGCUAAUACAGCUCUGUGAUUGGCUUAUAACAUCUUAAGACUGUACUUAAAAUGGUAUUAUCUAAAAUAUUAUAAAAAUCGACUAUGUUACUCGAUAUAUGCACAGUCGUUGACAGAUCGGUUGCGACACUUUUUUUCUAUAGGUUUCAAAACGCACUAAUAUUUUGCAAAUGCGAACCACGAUUGGUGUU